AUGGCUCCCAAGAAGGUCCUCGUUGUUCUCACCUCCCACGACAAGAUUGACGCUAUUGACCGAUCCUCUGGCUGGUACUUGCCCGAGUUCGCGCACCCUUACCAUGUCCUCUCCGGCAAGAACGUCGAGGUCACCGUCGUCUCUCCCAAGGGCGGCGUCGCCCCUCUCGAUCCCGCCUCCAUCGAGCUCACCAAGGAGGACCCCAUCUCCGUCGGCUUCCUCAACAACAACAAGUCCCUGUGGGAGAACACCCUGCCCCUGAAGCAGUUCGCCGGCCGCUCUGGCGAAUUCGACGCAAUCUUCUACCCCGGUGGCCACGGCCCCAUGUUCGACCUCGUCGACGACGCCGACUCCAUCGCCCUGAUUGAGGAGUUUUACAACGCCGGCAAGAUUGUCUCCGCCGUCUGCCACGGCACCAUCGCCCUGGUCAACGCCAAAGUCAACGGCGAGCCCCUCCUCAAGGGCAAGGAGGUCACCGGCUUCACCAACGCCGAGGAGGAGGCCGUCCAGCUGACCAGCGCCAUGCCCUUCCUCGUCGAGGACCGCGUCAAUGCCGUCGGCGGAAAGUUUGUCCAGACGGCCGUCUUUGGCAACAAGGUUGUUGUGGAUGGCACCCUCAUCACGGGCCAGAACCCGACUUCUGCUUCGGACCUUGGUGAGGCUCUUGCCAAGGCUAUUGGUGCUUAA